AGACGGUGGUCGUUGAAUCGGAGCCAGAGCCUUGGGACUGUCUCUCUCUCUCUCUCUCUGCUCUGUGAUUUAUCUUCUCCAUUUUCGAUUUGUUUGAAGCUGAAUCAAACAAGCCCUUAAACCUCAAGCUCCGAUACUGGCAAGUAGCACAGCAACACAUGAACUCCUGCAAAUUCCUUAUCCGUUCCUCAAUCUCAUCUUUUGGAUUCGUUCAUCUUCCAAUCCCUAGUUCCUCCAUCGCCUUUAUCUCAGUUCGUGCUUUCUCUCCUUUCUCCGUUCUCGCUCCAAAUCCAUGCAUUGGAACAGCUCGACGCACGUUUCGCUCUUCGUCAUUCGCGCAGUGUUAUGGAGCUGGGGCGGCGGCUCUUUCACCGGAAAGUUUCACGGAAGAUUCUCCCAAGGAUACUGUUAAGGAAUUGCUAACAACUAAUCGUGAUGACGCGUCAAGAAGCAUGAUGAAGAUGGAGCGGAGGAGCAUUUUGAGCGAUGGUGAGGGUGAUUGUAGAGGGUCAUGGUUCCCUUACGAGGAUAGGUUCAACUGCGGUGAGGUGCAUCUUAGUAGCCUUGAGGUGUUGGAGGCGGUGAGUCCUCAUAUGAUGGAAGAGAGGAUAGAUAGGUUUAGGCGUGUGGUGGAGAAUCGAAGCUUCUCGGUUUGUCUUGUGGUUGAAGGUCUUGCUGAUUUUGGAAACAUCUCUGCUGCGUUCCGCUCAGCUGAUGCGUUAGGGAUUCAAUCAGUACAUGUUGUUUCCUGUGACAGCUCCAAAAGGUAUAACGGAAACCGCCAUGUGAGUAUGGGAGCUGAGAAAUGGCUGGACAUUGAGUUUUGGGACACACCUAAAGAAUGUUUCCAAGUUUUGAAGUCUCGCGGUUACAGAAUUGCCACAACUCAUUUGGGAAUGGACACAUUUAUUGGUGUGGUAAAUAUCUCACAGGUUUCCAUUUACGAUAUGGACUGGUCAUGCCCAACAGCAAUAGUUGUUGGAAACGAGGGAAAGGGAAUAAGUGACGAAGCGUUGGAGUUAUCAGAUCUGUGUUGUAGUAUUCCGAUGAACGGAAUGGUUGAUUCAUUCAAUGUCUCAGUGGCUGCAGGGAUUCUGAUGCACCACGCAGUCUCUGACAGAAUCACUCGUCUGGGGAGUCAUGGAGAUCUGUCGGAAUCAGAGAAAGAGAUAUUGACGGCUGAGUUCUCACUUCGUCACAGUAGAAGCUCAAUUAGCAUUGCUUACGAGUUUGCUAAACGUAAACGCCACUCUGCUUCCUUCUAAUUUUGAAACUGUAUUCUCUGUUUCUUUCCCUUCUCCGUGUUAUAGACUUAUAGGCUUCACAUUGUUGCUUUGCCCUGUAAUCAAAUUUUUUUUUUGUCAUAUGAGUCUUACAUCACGUACACUUCUGAACAGACAUCCUUCCAUCGAGCGUAUUAGUGUCGA